CAGUGAAUCAUUUGUACCAGUUCUUUCGCGUCUAUUUGGUACGCAAACAGUAAAAGCAAAAAAAAAAAAACAAUUUUUACUAUUUUUCUACGUUUUAUAAAUGAAUACAAAACAAUAAAUAAUGCUUUAAAGCAUAGUUUUAACUGAAUUUAAAGCGAACCGUGUGCGUGGUGCACACUUGCCUGGCCCGCGAAAAAUCCAAUCAGAAAACGAAAAGGCCAGCACGAGUACAAAAUGGAAAGGCACUAACUAAUACAACAACAAGAGCAGCAGAAACCACAAUCAGGCCAGCCAGCAUGUCGUGGCAUUUGUGAGCAGCGCGCCAAAAACUUGUCACGAAGUUUCUUGUUAUUGACGUACGCUCCCGCGCUUCGAGCUGCACUUCCCCCGUCCCUCGUCCACGCACACACACAAAUACAUACAUACAUAUACACAUAUAGAUUCACACCCACACAUAUACAUACACCCGCCCAGUUCUGACGUCCAAUCCUUAAGUGCUUAGCUGAAGAGAAAGAGGCAGCUUAUGAUGCAUAUCAAGAGUCUGCCACACGCACAUCAGGCCGCCGCGGCAAUGAGCAAUUGCGACAUUGUGAUUGUUGCCGCGCAACCGCAGACCACGAGCGCCAACAACAACAACAAUGACACUGUUACACAGGCCAGCCAUGUCAGCCAUGUGGCAGCUCAACAACAGCAGCAACAACAACAACAGCAGCAGCAGCAGCAACAACAACAGCAGCAGCAACAACAACACAAUCAACAGCAACAACAGCCGCCCGCGCCCACAGAUGUAUCCCUUCCCUUCAUGCAUUUGAGCGGAAUUUCAGCGGAAGCUCACAGUGCCGCUCAAGCGGCCGCAAUGGCAGCUGCGCAGGCCGCGGCAGCGCAAGCCGCCGCUGCGGAUCAACAGCAGCCAACAGCACAACCUGCACCACCAACGUCGCACACGCUGGCCCAUUUGGUGGCCAAUGCUACGCACAGUCCCACGCUGGGUGAGACGCACUACGUCAGCAAUGGGCACUCAAACAAUGAGCACUCGGGGGAGGGCAACGGAUCGAGCGGCAGCGGUGGUGGCCGGGAACCAGAAAAGCCGUUCCAUUGCACGGUGUGCGAUAGACGAUUUCGCCAGCUGAGCACACUGACCAAUCACGUGAAGAUCCAUACCGGCGAGAAGCCCUACAAAUGCAAUGUGUGUGAUAAGACGUUCCGUCAAUCGUCGACGCUGACGAAUCAUUUGAAAAUUCAUACCGGCGAAAAACCGUACAACUGCAACUACUGUCCCAAGCAUUUCCGUCAGCUGAGCACAUUGGCCAAUCAUGUCAAGAUUCAUACGGGUGAAAAGCCGUUCGAAUGCGUGAUAUGCAAGAAACAAUUCCGGCAAUCGAGCACGCUCAACAAUCACAUAAAGAUCCAUGUCAUGGACAAGGUCUACGUUCCUGUCAAGAUCAAAACGGAGGAGGACGAGGGGUGACUAGGACGCAUGGCGUUGGCGCAACAUCAUCAUCUCCAGCAGCAGCAGCAGCAGCAACAACAGCAACAGCAGCAGCAACAUCAACAGUCGUCAACGCCAUCCCAGCAACAGCAACAACAACACCACAUCGAACAUCAGCGUGGAGUUACCAUUACGACGCUCCCGUCUACCACGACAGUGGCACAGCAUCAGCAACAACAACAACAGCAACAAUCGCAUCUACAGCCCUCGCAUGGCAAUGGCAGCUCGCCGCAUCAUCAUUUCAAUGUAGCCGCCUUGGGUGAUUUAUCCGGAGCGAUGCAACUGGGCGCCGUGACGGCCGAUGGUAAUUUUGUGACCAUGGGCGGCGUUGUAGUUGGCCGCAUUCAGCAUCCACGCAGCGAGGAGCUGCAUCAUCUGGGCGUCAUCAAAGUGGAAUCGCCAACAAAUGGCAUUGUCAAUGUCGCAACAACUGCUCAACGUGACGGAUGAGUCGAUAGGCUGCUCCUCGAGCCAAUGCUCAAGGAGCUCGUUGAGCUGAAUGAUAUUGCGUAUGUGGAACUGGAGCACGAUCACCCGCAGCCGCAGCAGCAACAGCAACAACGACGACGACGGCGACGUCGCCACGUAACAUAGACUGUCAACUGGCUAUUGUUGUCAUUGUUGUCGCAGUUGUCGUUGUUGUUGCUUUCGGUGUAUACGCUUACGUUGUUGUUAGUUGUUUAAUUGUAGCGAAACCUUGUUGUUGUUGUUAAGAUUUAAUCGUAACUGAGAACUUACCGAGAUGAAUUAUCAGGCUCAACGCUGGCUGGCACUCAUCUAUUUCUAGUUCUUGCGUCUUAGUGGAAAAGUAUGUGUUAUAUAAGCGUAUUAGAAAACUGAGAUGUUAGCUGCACCCAAGCCUGAAUAUGUAUAGCAGCAAAACGCUUCAGUAGUAGCUAAAAAGAGAGGAUAUCGUAACCAACAGCAGAUAGCGCUCCAUGGCCUAAAAAGCAAAACGAAAGAUCAGAAAUGAAACACACUCAACUUACACACAUACACACACGCAUUCACAAUCACUUAACGAGGCAAUAGGUUUACAACAAGCUCCCUCUCAACCUUCUAACUAUACAUAUACAUAUAAUAGCUAACUAACUAAAACUGGUAGCGCAAAACUCCUAAACAAAAAAGAAGAAAAAAAUAGAAAGAAAGAAAGAAUGAAGUUCAUUGAUAAGCAAAAAGUCAUUUCGUUUAAGUUGAAAGUUAAAGAAAAAAAAAAGAAAAAAGAGAAAGAGAAAAAUGCUUCACAAAGUGCAAAGAAAAAGAUUAAGGAACACUAGAAAUAUUUUUAAAGAUUUGUUAUAUAUAUUUACAUAUACUGAUACGAGAGAAAAACCAGGAACUUUAAUUCAAAUUCAAUUUCAAAUUGUUCUUUAGCAUUUAAAUGUUUAAGAGAUUGUUGUAAAUUGUUUUAGUGCGAAAUUGAUUCUGCUGCAUUCACUGGAAAACAUGUUGACUUAGUCAAAGUUGCCCAAUGUCUUUAAUUACUUUUGUAAAACAU